AUGGUCACACAAAGACAGACGUACCUGGAGAAACCGUUUCUGCCGGCAGUGACGGUGCUGGUGCUUUUGGCUGCAGCAGGACAUUCUGCAGUGGUGAAUGAUAAUCUCCAGACCAAAGCACCGCCUCUGUCAAACUCAUCUCUGACCACUCAGUUUAGCAACAGUAGCAUGGAGUUGCCUCAAGUCCUACCUUUACACAAGCCAUGUAGAAGCGAACAUGCUUCUUAUUGUGUAAACGGUGGCAAGUGCAUGUAUCCGCAAGACAGUGACAAACCUUCUUGCAUCUGCGAACCCUCGUACAGCGGGCCACGCUGCAUGUUUGUGGAACCAAUUCGUGGUGUUACUUUGCUUGAUGUAGAGCAAGUCAUUGGCAUUAUUUUCGGGGUGUUCAUACUCAUCAUAUUUUUGGUGAUCGCAUUUUACUUCUUUGUCUACAAGAGGUGUACAGAAUCGACGGUGCCAAUAAAAUAUACACCUGCUAAGACCUCGGUGUGA